AUUUUACAUCGUAGAAAUAGAGAUAGCCUUGUAAAUAAUUUAAGCUCAUAUAUUUCCCCCUUUUUUAAUUAUUUGGCCACCUGUUAACCAACAAGUAGCCUAUUAAAAUGUAACCAAGCCACGGCGGCUUGAAAGUGAAAACAUUUGUUAUAGUCAUGCUCAAGUCAUUAUGUCUCUUCUCCACUCCUCCUGUUUCAACAGCUGAACGGGUAGCCAAGUAGUGGAGGGGGAAAGUAAGUACUGCCGUGGUCUCCCAGGGGAUUUAUUGUAUGAAUAACAGGGACUUCGAAGUACCCAACAUGCCAACCUUCCGUGCGUUUGUUUGUACGAGGGGUUCGCAACGCCAUGGACAACACAGUCGACAGGCUGCAUAGGAUAAUCAGUAUAGCAAACCAACAGCAAGCAUGGACUACAACGGAACCUGGAAGGUGUAUUUUGAUGACAAUCUGGAAGGGUUUCUGAAAGCAAUGUCUGUACCUGAGAUGAUGAUCAAAAUGUCCAAGGACGUGAAGCCGGUGACCGUCAUAAAGCAGAACGGCCCUGACUUCACCAUCGAGGUGAAGACGCCCGUACGCACCAACGUCAACUCCUUCAGCCUGGGGAAGGAGACGGAGAUCACCGCUAUGGAUGGGAGGAAGUUCAAGUGUACAGUCAGGGAAGAGGAGGGGAAGCUGGUGUUCGAAACAGACAAGUUCACCUCUGUUCGUGAGAUCCAAGGAGAGGACAUGGUGGAAACGGUGACUGCUGGCUCCGCGUGCCUCAUCAGGAAAAGCAAGCGGGUCUGAUGAACGUCGGCAACUACCAAUAUGGCCACCAGAUCGCGCCAAAGCCUUCCUCAAACGACAUUAAAUGAUUUGAAGCAAAUAAAAUAGUUGUCGGUCUUUAAUACCGUUUCGCUAUGUUAAACUAU